GGGCGGGGCUAGAGGCUGGCUUGCCCUAUACAGCCUCGCGCUUCUUACCCAGUUGUCGGAGUUCAGCUUUCGGCUGCGCAGCUUCUUCUGUCUCCUCAUCCCGGUCGGGCUCUGAGCGUCAUGGAGGGGGCUUCAUCCGUGGUGCCGGGCUUCCUGGCCAAGCUCUGGACUCUGGUCGACGACUCGACCACCGACGACGUGAUCGGCUGGAACCCGAGUGGCCAGAGCUUCUCCAUCUUGGAUGAACAGAAGUUUUCCAAAGAGCUGCUUCCCAAAUAUUUCAAACAUAACAAUAUCUCCAGCUUCAUCCGCCAACUCAAUAUGUACGGUUUUCGCAAGGUGACUGCAGUGGACAAUGGGAUGGCUGUCCCAGAGAAGAAUACUGCCAUUGAGUUCCAGCACAUGUACUUCAAACAAGGGGAAGUAAACCUUCUGGAGAACAUCAAGCGUAAGGUGUCAUCUGGAAGAGGCGAGGAACCCAGAGGGGGUUCCGAUGACUUGCAGAAAACUCUUGCUGAUGUGCACGAGCUCAAGGAGCAGCAGCAUGGCACGGAUGACACGAUGGCAAACCUGAAGAGGUCAUUGCCAGACGUGUCUGGUUCCCCGCCUUCGAAGUUCAGCCGCCAAUGUGUCCCGAUCCCUGUGGACGGUGGGGAAGCUGUGGAUGUGUUGGAGCCUGUUCCUCCAACUAUCCAAGACUGCGAUAACAUCACGAUCCAAGAUAUCUCAGCUGCUAUGGAUGAUGACCUCCUUGACUUUGGGGUCCCAGAUUCCACUUUCAUGGGAUCUCCAACUCUUUCUGAAGAUCUGCCAGGCCUGAUGGACGGGAGUAACAGUCUGUCCCCUCUGAAUAUGAUGCCAUCCUUCGGGCUGGACUUGGAUAUGAAUGACUGUCCACUUCAAAUCACUGAUGAUCCCCUGGAGGAUAAUGAUAUUAUGGACCUUCCUCUGGAGCUGCACCCCUCCCAGGACAUUGAUUCUGAAGACCCUGCUGCCAUGAUUGAGUCCAUCCUGAACAACAAUUGCAUGGCUGGCGAGAAUGUUGACUUUUUGGACAGGGAUGAUAUGCAGGAAUUUCUGAAUGCUAUUGAAGCUAACCUGGAGGAGCUCCAGUCCAUGCUAACUGCAAGAGAACAGGUUCCAGAACCAGACUUGGACCUCCUGAAUGAGAUUCCAAUUCCUGAAUUUCCAGUCCUGAACAUGAACGAAGCAGGAACCUCAUCCGAUAUCUCUGAUACCCUGGCUCUCACAAGGAGUGCUGAAGAAGGUGGAAUGACCAGUGAAUUUGGAGCUGAUGGAAAUAAAGACAUGCAGCUGGUCCAAUACGUGGGCAAUCCUCUGCUUUCACUGUUUGAAGAGCUACCUUCCUUUGAAGACAGACCCCAAGAUGCCAGAGACUUCCUCCUGACUGACCUGGAGAAUGAGGAUGUGCCCACCUACUCGGAGAAUUCUGAUGAUCCUCUGUGCUUGGUGGCACCCAGCCUGUCAGAUGAUAACGAGAAUCCGCUUGAGUCUUUUGAGUCCCCACUGCUCUCGGAAGACCCCAAUGGGGAGUAUAAGCUAUUCCCCCUCUUGCUUCUCAGCCCUGUCGCUAGCUUCGUCGAAGAGGCCUCAGAAAUCGAAAACACCACCUGAGUCCCCAGAGCUAUAUCCCCCCUGCCUAGCUUCCUCCCCGUGUCCGUGAAGCCCACCACCAUCUAGGGCCAUUAGUGGCUAACCUCCUCACGCUGUCAAAGGGCAGGCCCUUGGGAGGGUGAGUGAGUGAGUUAGCAGAUGUCCUGUGGUAUCUGGGAUAGAAGUCUAGCCGAGGAGGAAGACGUGGGAUACACUGGAGGCAGGGGGAAGCACCCAUUCAUUCCAAGCCAAAGUUCCAAUCUGCAAUUUUUAGGGUAUGUUGUUCUUAUAUAGGUGAGAAAGCUGUGUUUCAGAUGUCAUAAAAUAGGCUUGUUUCUUUUGUGAUCCAGGGACUAGAGCAUUUCCUUGUGCACCAUAAGAUCUCCCAUCCCAGGAUUCCCCUGGGCUCAUCUGGUCUGUCAUAUAGAAGCAGGUGAUUUUUCUAGUACUUCAAAGAUGGAACAAAGCUUUUUUUUUCAAGUUUAGUUGCAUAGCCAGUCACAUGUAGCUCUUUUUCACCUCUUAGACUAAAAUCUAGUUUGGUUAUUUACAAUUUUCUUUUCCUAUGGAAAACGCAACUUUUAACAUGGAGUGUUAUUUUUACAUAUGGCUGCUCCAUUCAUUUCCCCUACAAUCUGAGGGUGCCCCUUCCCUGGGGCUGAGCCCCACCUACACCUGUAUGGCCUUGUGUAAGGACCCCCAAAGGCCAGCCAAGGCUAAGGUGGGGAAGCCUAUGUCAUUUCUCCAUAAGCUAAUUACCACAGAACACACAGUGCUCCCUGGGAUGACAUGAGAAAAGAAGAUGAAUAGGCUUCCCAAACUCCCUGUUCAGUUCCUCCCACCCACCCACCCAUUCCCUCCCCUCUAGCACCUUAGCCAGGCUCAGUGUUCCAGUGUAGGUCAGAUGGGUAGCUCCCUUUUCGGGCAAUUGUGCCUUAGAAGUUGGGGGAGAGGGAUGGGAAGGGAAGGGGGUGGCGAGCAAUACUUCAUCCCAUUAUCUUCUGUGCUUUCUCCUUUGUCUAAUGGGUCGAGUACCAAAAAGCCAGUAGCAAAACUAAACUCUCAAACUAUCUCACUUUUAUUUUGCACAUGUCCUAAACAUCUAAGAUAUUUAAAAUUUUGCAUAGCGUGCAUUAUAAGAAAAACAAGCUUCAAACAAUUUCUGCCUUUUAGAAAAUAGUUCCCCCCCCCGCAAACCCCUCCCCAUUUUUCCCAUUAAUUGUGUUCUUCUAGUCCCUUUUUUUGGUGUGCUUUGUUUUUGUAGCUCUUUCUCGCUGCUUUCUGUAUACACUCUUUCAUGUACUUCUAGUGCCUUCCCCAUAAAAAAAAUAUCGUGUUGGGGAAAUUGUAUUCUGGCAAAUAUUAGAGUUUCCAGCUGCAUCACCUUCCAAACAGCAGGUCCUCUUAGACAACACAUACAUGACAAACUAAUGUCGUCUUCUUUCUAAAAUGGAGACCCUAGGUUUUGAUCCAUAGAAACAUUUGGCACGCUGUAGUUGGCACAAUUCACACAAUGAUGAGAUAUGAUUGUCUCCUGCCAUGUAGCUCAAAUGCUGUUUCAACUUUUUUACACAAGGUAAUAAAGAAUAUCACCAACA